GCACUCAAACAUUUCAACACAAAAUUAAGAUUGGGAAUUCAACAUAAAGUAUAUUUUUAAUACUAGACAUCAUGAAAUCGGAAAACAAAGAUUUCAAAAUUUCAAAAGCCAAAGUUUGUAAAAAGCACGAAGUAGUUUUAAAAGGGGAAAAAAGUGCUCCCUCAGUUGUCUUCAUUGUUCGCAUAGCACAGCAGGAAACAAUAGUCAACCGCCGCGCCAGAAUUGUCAUCGCCGUCGUUGCCGUUUCCUUCGCCGGAAUCCAGUUGCCGUCGUCUUGCCGGGCCGGAACCCUAGGUCGGCUCUUCUACUCUCUGCCGCCCCUGUCCUCUUCUCCAGUCCACGUCGCCACCAUCGCCGGACCUAGGGUCGGAACCCUAGGUCGGUGGUGGCAAUCCUCGCCGCUGCUAUGCGAUCCUCUCUCCUCUCGUCUCUAUCUCCUGAUCACCGCUGCUGCCUGGUGCGUUUAUAGGGGCUGGAAUUUCGCUUCCCGUCUCGAAUUAGGAUUCAAGAUUGAAUCUGGGUCUUCCGAUUUGAUGCGAUUGAGAUCUUCCCGGGUUAGGACUCAAAAUCCGAGUCCAAACAUGCUUUGUCGCUGUUUGCCGCUGAUAAUCGAAGAAUGGCAGGUUUUUGUCUUCGUUUGGACCAUUCGAACAUGUCCGCCCUAAUUUUAAAAAUAUACUUACAAUAGGGGA